CUGGUCCCUGAUGCGGCACUGUUCUCUGGGGCUGGGGCUGGGAGGAGGAUACAACAAUUCCGAUUAGGUUCUGCCGCUGCCAACGAUGCAAUGCCUCGUUUUACGGAUGAGCCAUGGGCAUAGGCACCUACUGAGUGCUCCGAUCACUCCAACAAGACCUCACCACACUCCCUUUUAUAAGGAUUUACCUCUAGACCAAAAGGAUCGCUACCAGACGACCUAAAGUACCCGGUGGACGGCGCACUCCGGGCUGAAUGUUUACCGAAGUGCGGCUGGAGAGGAAGCUGUGGCCAUGGGUUGCUCCUUCUGCUUACGAUGAACUCCAAUAAGCUGGAUCCCCAAGACCCAACCAGCACGCCCCUGUCUUCCGCAGGGGCUCCUUUCUCCCCAUCCCCUUCCCCAGCCAUGGCAGGCUUCAAGCGGGGCUAUGAUGGCAAGAUCGCUGGGCUCUAUGAUCUCGACAAGACGCUUGGAAGGGGCCACUUUGCUGUGGUGAAACUAGCCCGCCAUGUAUUCACCGGGGAGAAGGUAGCAGUGAAGGUGAUUGAUAAGACUAAAUUGGACACAGUGGCCACAGGUCAUCUCUUCCAGGAGGUGAGAUGUAUGAAGCUAGUCCAACACCCCAAUAUUGUCCGUCUUUAUGAAGUCAUAGACACCCAGACUAAGCUUUACCUCAUCUUGGAGCUUGGAGAUGGAGGAGAUAUGUUUGACUACAUCAUGAAACACGAAGAAGGUCUCACGGAAGAACUGGCAAAAAAAUACUUUGCCCAAAUAGUUCAUGCGAUAUCUUAUUGUCACCGGCUACAUGUGGUGCAUAGAGACCUCAAACCAGAAAAUGUAGUCUUCUUUGAAAAGCAAGGAUUGGUAAAGCUCACUGACUUUGGAUUUAGUAACAAGUUUCAGCCUGGGAAAAAGUUGACGACUAGCUGUGGAUCAUUGGCUUAUUCAGCGCCAGAGAUACUGCUUGGAGAUGAGUAUGAUGCACCAGCAGUAGAUAUCUGGAGUCUGGGGGUGAUUCUGUUCAUGCUGGUCUGUGGACAACCUCCAUUUCAGGAAGCCAAUGACAGUGAGACUCUGACCAUGAUCAUGGACUGUAAAUACACAGUACCAGCCCGGGUCUCCAACACCUGCAAAGAUCUGAUAGACCGAAUGUUACAGCGAGACCCAAAGCGCAGAGCCUCUUUGGAAGAGAUCGAGACCCACCCGUGGCUCCAGGGAGUGGACCCUUCUCCAGCCACAAAGUUCAACACGCCCCUGGUGUCCCACAAGAACCUCUCUGAGGAGGAGCACAACAGCAUCAUCCAGCGCAUGGUUCUGGGGGAUAUCGCAGACAGGGAGACCAUCAUAGAGGCUCUCGAGACCAACAAAUACAACCACAUCACAGCCACCUACUAUCUUCUGGCUGAGCGCAUCCUGAGAGAGAAGCAGGAAAAAGAAGUCCAGACCAGAUCCUCCAGUCCCAGCAACCUCAAGGCACACUUCAGACAGUCAUGGCCAACCCGAAUGGACAUGCACCAGGACAUUGAGGACAGUUUGGCUGCAUCAUCUAUUUCUCAUGGAGGAGGUCCUCAGUCUCCAGCACGCAGUGCUGAAAAUCUACUCAAUGGACACCGCUCCAAAGGCCUGAUGGAGCUCGGGCGAAGAGAGGACACCACAGACUCCUCAGCAUCGAUGGUGCAGGGAGCCAGUUCUUUGUCCUCAGGCACUCCUGCUCCGGGCCCUGGGGCACUAAGGGGCCCUGUUCCAUCAACGUCAUCUACAGCCAAACAGAGAACCUGCCUCUUCAGGGUGGAGGAAGAUGAGGAGGAGGAAGAUGACCCUUCCCCACUGCCCUCUCAAGUGGUCUUGCGUAGGAAGCCCCCCUCAAUAACAAACCGACUAACCUCCAGAAAGAGUGCUCCUGUGCUGAACCAGAUCUUUGAGGAGGAGGGAGAGUCUGAUGAUGACUUCGACAUGGAUGAGGGACUCCCUCCCAAACUCAGUCGCCUCCGGAUGAACAUGGGCCCGGGCUCAGGCCCUGCAGUUGGACAGGGGUCUCCAGGGGCCCCUCAGAAACGCUACCACAGGAGAAAGAGCCAGGGCCGUGGCUCCUCGUGUUCCAGCUCUGAGACCAGUGACGAUGACUCUGAGAGCCACCGGCGCAGGCUGGACAAGGACUCUGGUUUGGGUUGGAACAGACGGGACAGCAGUGAGGGCCCCCCAGGCAGCCAAGGGGGCUCAGGGGGCAGUGGGUCGGGCCCGCCCCCUGGAGAGGGAGGGGGCAGCUCAGGCCCAGAUCGGGGUAGUCCUCCUGGAGGGGGAGGCAGUGACAGUGGGACAGGAGGAGGAGGACCAGUAGGGGGAAGUAAAGGACAACAUAGCCCUUCAUCCUGCUGCAACAACAGUAGCUUUUCUAGCCCCGCCCCCAACGUGAUGUCACGGCCAUCUCGAGCCACCGUGAUGGAGAGUCUGAAGCUGAUGAGCCUCUGCCUCAGCUCGCAGCUGCAGCGUGGGGGGCGGAGCCAGAGAGGGGGCGUGGACGGUGAGGGCCAAUACAUCAUAGAACCUCGAGGCAUAAAGGCCCAGGACAGGUCAGCCUGGAGGAUGUGCUUUGGCUCCACAGGGAGUCUGGACACCAUCACACUGCCUACUACUGCAGCGUCCUGCCACCACAGCGCCCCUCGCAGGCCACACACCCACAGUGCCCCUGCCCUCAAGAAUGGGGUACUGCAACUACCUCUGUGUGAAAAGACCAUCUCUGUCAACAUCCAGCACGGGCCCAGAGAUGGACUGCUCUGUACCUCAGGCCCCGCCUCCUGCUGCCAGGUCAUAUGACCCCGCCCCCAGGCAGGUCAUGUGACCCUCAGCAGGUCAUGUGACUGCCUGCCUAAUUGUGUCCUGCUUCAUGAGUCAGUUUUAAACUGUUUUAAAUCUUUAUUUUUAUAUUAUAUUUUAACAGGUUUUAGUUACCCACAUGUUUCAAUGAUGGAGUAAUAGUUCACUGUGGAUUAGGAUGAGUCUUGUUCCAUUUUAAGGAAUAUGUUUUUAAUGAGAGUAGUCUUAACUUUAAGACAAAUUAAUGUCUAUAGCGGGAGAUCUGGGGUGAAAACUGAUUUUGUGCAAAGAGUAUUUUAUUACCAAAGGAAAUAUAUGAGGGCUGUUGGGCACAAUAAUGUGGCAACCAAGUUUGUUUUUAUGUUGAUAAUUUAAUUAUAAUUGGAGAAUAUUAACUAAUGAAAUAACAGCAUACCAAAUUGGUGUUGAAUUGUGACCUGUAAAUUCACAGCAGAUGAAUGAAAUUGUGCAUUUGUAUAUUAUUUGUAACAUUGUCCAUUUAUGAAUCCUCAAGUGUGUCCUAAUACUCCAUCACUCUCCCACAGUAGAGUCUUGUUUUGUGAAACCUGCAGCGGGCAGCUCCUCUGACCCCUGCCUGUAUUUGUCUGCAGCAGGACGUCCCAGGCUGGGCUUUCUGUGACCACUCUGAGCAGAGGUUUGAGUUCACCUCACUUUGUAAAUGCCUGUCUUCACUUGCACUCAGACAAUCUGUUUUUAUUUUUCUUGUUUUUAAGCUUUUUAUUCUGACAAAUCUGCUCUCGUGGUCACACUACCCCUUUAAAAAUGUUGCUUUAGAAACAAGCUGCUCUUCUCUGUAAAGUUGUACUGUAGCAACGACACAAAAGUUACUGCUAAGUGUACCCUUUGAGUUUUUGACUUCUAUUGGCUUCUGCGAUCUCAUGUAACUAUUAUUUUACAUGUCGUGCGUCAAUGUGUCCAGUUUGUAUAUAUGGUAUAAGAAAUUAUUUUAUUUUUUAAACUUGUACAUUUUUGUGUUGAUUUUGAUGCUGAACCAAGAGGGGCCUGAGUGAAUCUCUCCGGCUGGAGUCAGGGCAGAUCUGAGCAGCUUUACGAGCCGAGAGAAAGAACAAAUCAGAGGAAAUCUUUACUGUGUGAGUCUGGGUUUGGCACAGGGGGCUGUAUGGAUGAUUAAUCAUUUCUUGGAAAGGUUUAAUUUCCAUGUGGGGAAGCAAUUAUUGGGGGAAAUGUAAUGAGACAAAUUACUAGCAUCCACCAUGUCAAAUUAUUUAGAAAUGCAGAAAAGUUUGGUUUGUUUGCUAUUUGGCAAAUGACUGAUCCUACAAUUUUAAACUGUUGAAUGUAAAAAGCAUUGGCCAUUGUUGCCAAGCAAAAAAAUACAUAUUUUGAAUCUUGAGGAACUUGAAUAUGUUAGCUACUAUGUAGUUUAUUCUAGUUAUGGAAGAACAAAUAUUGGCUUCCUUGGGGUUAAAGUGAACACAAGUGUAAGUGGUUAAACACAUGUAUUCCUAGAGAGCUAGCUGCCAGUAAACCAUAGACCGUAUAUAUAAAUGGACAUAGCCGCUGUGUUCCAUGUGGGAAGUGUUCAUGGAGGCGCUUCUGGCUCCACUGACUCAGUUUCCAACUGAUUUUGCAUUGAAAAAUUGUCACCCCUCUCUCUGUAAUUGCUGCUGUGAGCCUUAUCAUUCUGGUCUUAAAUGUUCGUAUAAACCCACUCUGCAUUUAUUUCGGAAUUGUCUGUAAAUAAAUUCCUAUUUCUUCCUAAUAUGGAGCUUGGCUCCAAUUACGCUCCUGUAGCUGCAGGCUUCGGUGAACUUCAUUUGACUGGACCUGAACGCUGUGGCCCACAUUACACUCACUUAGUCCAUUUCUUUAUACAGUAUGUAUUAAACUGCUUCCCAGUUUUGAGGUAUACAUUUUCCUUGUCUUUGAAAAUGUUUGAAAAUGCCUUCAAUUUUGAUAUCUUUUGGCAGGUGUAAAUCUUAGCAGCAGGCCACAACUACAAUCAAUUCAUUUGUGUAGACCUAGUGUUUAUGUCUUAUGUAAAUCUGCAUACAGCCUGACUCCAUCAAACCCAGACUCUCACUAUAAGGGCAUUGGCAAUAAGCUAAGUGUAUUGCAGCUACGUGUACAGUUUGUUUGAUCGUUCUUCAUUCAAAUUGGACUCAUCUGAAAAAGAGAAAAGCUAUGUCUGUGUCAAGCAUUUUUCCCCCAUUUUUGAUCUGUUGUUUGAGUCAUGUUUUUAAAUACCAAAUGUAAAUAUAGAUGUAAAUAUGGUGCUCUUUUUUUUCCUUCUGUAGACCAGACGAGUGAAUCUUUGAGGUGCAUAGCUGUACAGUCCCUUAGCCUUAUUAUAACCAUGAAUAGUAAUGUAUGGGUGAAAAUAAAGUGAGAAAAAUGGAUAUUAUGUUUGACUGGUGUCCUACUGUAUAAAGGUGAAUGAUGUGCAUGUGUUGUACAAUGUUGGAGAGACAGUUGAAAAAAAUUAAGUUACCGGACCAAAAAAAAAGAAUUUGCAGAAAGAAAAACAUUGAAAUCAUCAUUGUAUUAUUCUGUAGUUGAUACUGUUGUUACAUAUAGCUAUGGUAAUAUCAGAAAUAAAAUGGUGGCUGUCUCAUGA